AAUAAAUUACUCGUACAACUUCAAAAUUUAAAAUGGAUCGUGAAGCGAAAAAAUUGGAGCUCUAUCUGUUGUUGUGUCAAUCGGCAACGGCUUUGCUCGUUUCGUUGAUAAACACGACUCGCAACAGCAGUCCCGAGAUCCAGACUGCUAUCAAAGGCCGAAUGCUGCAGUUGGUGAAAACUUUGUGGGAAUUCGUACGGGACUCGGCGGAUGAACUGGAAGACCUCGAAAAUACGCUGGAGCCCAGCCAUGCAGCAACGGAUCUGCACUCUGCUCCUCGGCGUAUCUGGCAUCCCAGCCCACCUCCUCAACCUCAGCCUCAGCCUCAGCCGACAACGCCCACCGUCAUUCCGCGCCUUCCGCACCAUUCGACCUUCAUCGACCAACGACCGGCAACCCGUUUCCCCGUGAUUCAACGCCUUCUGCUGGUGCUGGCUCGCGUACCGAACGAGGAAAUUUUCGCCCAAGCAGCACACCCAUUCGCCGAUGAUCCCGCCUUCCGGCAGCGACUGCAGCAUGAAAUGUACCAACUCCGUAGGAUGCUGGGCGAAGACGACCCAUCGCUGCACUUUGGCGAACAAACGCUGCUGCACCGAUUGGAUCGAAUGGAGACGAGCAUGAGGCAAAUAAUGCAACAGUUGGACGCGUUGACUGCUUCACCGCAAGAGGGAUGA